AUGGCGAGUCGACCAGCAAAGAAAAACAGAGAUUCCAGUAAAAAGCUGAAUAAUGUGGACGAAACAAAGUUGAGGGAACUUGAAGAAGAGAAAGAAAGACUUAGAGAAGAAAAAGAACUAGAAUUGCGCAAAGCACUGCAGGAGAAAGAGGAUCUUAAAAUACGAAUUGAAGAAUUAAAAGAAACACGGACAUUGAUCAAUGAACAAAACAAACGUCUACAACAACUUGAAUUACAAUGCCGAAAUCAAUAUACCUGGAAAAGAUAUUUUCAAUGUGAUGAUUUACCUAAUCCAACACUUGAAAAUGAAAUUAAUACAUAUAUUAGUUUAUGGAAUUCAAAUGAACAACGUCUAUCUAUAGAAGAUGUAAUGGAUGAUUGUGUGAAUAGUUUUAAAAUCAUUGAUGAGCUGAACCUUUUGAUCUCUCAACUCAUGGAUACUGAUGAAGAUCAUAAAAUAUUGUCGAAAUAUAAUCAAAUGAAACAUGAAUUAAGGAAACAAAUCUAUCAUAAAUUAGAUAGAUCUAUUAUAGAAACAUUAACAAGAGCUAUUUAUUAUGCAGAUCAUGAAACAUUAAAUUUACAAAAAAUUUGGUAUAAUAAUUGGAUUGUAUUAUGUAUAUGGGGUAAUUUAUCUAAAAAUCCAAGGAUUAAACAAUUUACAUUCACUGAAAUUGAUCUUACAUUUGAUAUAUCAAAAGUAUUAACUUUGUCUGAUUGUGCAUUUUUAAUAAAUUUUAUAAAAUUUGAUAAUUAUUCAUUUCAAUGUCAAUCAUAUUAUCCAUGUAAACUACCUAAAUCAAUUCAUACUGAAUCAGUCAUUCAUGAAGUUAUUCAACAAGAUGGUACUUUGAAUGAAAAGAAUCCAUUCAAUGAAAGUAAAACAGAAGAAACUUUGUUAAAUGAUGAUAAUGGUGAAAAACAACAAACAAAUGAAGUAGAAGAAGUAUUUGAAAUUCCUCCAGAAGAUCGAAUCCCUACACCAGAACCUGAAAAUUGGAUAAAAGCUGAUAUGGAAGAAGAUGCAAUUGAUUUAGGUGACUAUCAUGUGAUUGGUGGUGUUAUUCGUUUUGAACUGGUUUCAUUACCUCGACAGCCUAAGACAGUUAAAGGUUGGACAAUUACAACUUGUGUGAAACCUCCAAAACUUCAUCCAUUUGAAUAUGUAGUUGAUACAUCAGAAGAAAUAAAAACAGAAAAUGAAUCUGUAGUGGAAGAAACUCCACGUAAACAAGAGAAGAAAGAAGAAAGGCCACCAAUUCAAGUUAAAAUUCGUAUACCAAAAUGUAUAAUCAUUGUAGAAGAUCCAUUAUUAGCUAGAUGGGAUCCAGAGAAGCUACAAUGGCGUACAACAGGUAUUCAAUUAAUUAAAUUUAAUGAAGAUGACAAUACUAUCGUAUUUUCCACAAGUGUAUUUGGUACAAUUGCUAUAUUUCAAGAUUAUCACAUUAAUAUGCCAUUUCAAUAUUGGGAGCUACGUCCAUUACCAUUAAGAAGAAAUGAUCUAAACAAUACAAUAGUACAAUCAAUUCAUUCAGAUACAACAAGUGCUACUACAAAUGUUAAAAACUCUAUCAUAACAAAUGAACAACAAUCAAUUCCAAUGGUUAAAUCAACGACACCUAUUAUGAAAUCAAAUGAAGCAACAAGUAAAGAAGUUAUUAAUGGUAGUUCACCUGAACCAAUGAUAAUAGAACACAAUCAGAAUGGUAUUACGGACAAAUCGAAAGAAUGUAUCAUUCUUGGACCUGUACCGACGCUUGGUUUAUCUAAUGAUGAAUAUCAAUCAAUAUUACAAUCAUCAUCAACAACGAAUCAAUGUUUAUUAACCAUAAUAGGUGGUUGUAUUGAACUUCGAUUACAUAUUUUAGGUGAUCGAAUAUCAAUACUUCCAAAUACCCUAGCAACCGAAAAAUCCAUAGGAAUUGGCAGUGAUAGUACAAUGUUCAAUGGAUCAAGUAAAGGUAUAAAUGUAACUGAGAAAAAUGAUACAGAUUUAUUAAAACAUACUAAACGAGAAUUAAAUCAUUUAUGGGGUAAAUGGUUUACACUGAAUGAAUUGAUCACAGUAUUACAACAAUCAGGUAUGAAUAUAUUUCCUAGAGAAGAUUCAGUCAGUAGAAUUGAAUGUCUUAACAAGAAUCGUCUUGUUGAAGAAAAUCUAUAUCAACAUAUGGCUUUAUUAAGUCCAUCUAUGGCUUUUGGUUGGUCAAGAUGGAAUAGUGAAUGUCAUGAUGAUCAUACAAUCAUUGUAACAGCUGUUGAACAUGUAGAUCAUGAAGAUUCAAUUGAUGAGGAAUCAUGGAAAGUGUAUAGUAUAACCAGGAAAAAAGUGCAACAAUUGGAAAUGAAAGAAUAUGAUGAGCAAUUUUGUCCAAUAUCCAAUCCCAAUCAGCCUUUCCAUGCAGAUUUUUACCAUAUGUAUAUGGAUUUUGGAUGUGAAGAAGGUAAAAGACGGGUUGAAGAGAUAGAUUUGAAAUAUCUUAAAACUGUACACAAAUUACUUCAAGCUACUCGCCUUUUAGUUUUCUCUUAA